AACUAUAUUUCAUUAUUUAUAUAAACAGUAUGUUUUUACGAAUUUUAUAACGCAUAGUUUGGCGGCCCAAAGCUCUUCGAACGGUUAAAUUUGAAUUUAAAUAAAUGAUACAUUUUUGGGGAACCGAGUGGUCAGCUGUUUUCAGUCAGUGGGAACAGAUUGCCAUAUCUGACUAAACAUUACUUAAUUUGACUGCCCAAAAAGACGACUCCCCAAAAAGACGACUUCCGUACAGUGAAUACAAUGUCGGAGGACAAGCAAUUAAUAGAAAGGGAGCCGGAAACCAAGGAAACUGGACACAAGACGAUAACGAAGGAUGUGGAUAUAUAUCGGGACACCUUCAUUCGCUAUAUGGGUUACAGCAACGAGAUUGGCGAAUCCUUUCGCCCGCUGGUCCCCAAAUCCCUAGUGGCUGCAUCCUACGGCAUGGCCAUCGGAUAUGUCUGCACCGAUACCUUCGACAAGACACUGCGCCUCCAAAUGGAAGGGGCAUCCCCCCGAGAAGUGGCCAUCAAGGGCGGCGACGUCUUCGCCUGGCAGAUGCUGGCCUCCGUCGCCAUUCCCGGCCUGGUCAUCAAUAGGAUCACUUGGGCCACCAAAAGACUGCUGAGCCGAGCUCCCGUGCCGAUCCUGAAGACGGUGCCCACUCUCGUGGGCCUGGCCAGCAUCCCGCUGAUCAUCCAUCCCAUCGACAGCAUGGUGGACCGCUUGAUGGACGCCACCUACCGCAAGAUGGUGAGGUAGUGAACGCCGCGAGAGAUGGUCGCCUGCCUACUAUUCCCAUCCUAUGUAUACUCCCCCGGUGAUAGUUCUUAGAUACUAAGAGUUCGUAUUAACUGUAGCGAAGCUUUAAAACCCCAAAUCCAGUUUGCAUCUUGACAAGGAUUUCUAACUUAA